UCGCACAGUAUUUUACAACAGCACCCCUGGUGGUGUUAAAAAGCGAUUUAAAUUAAUCUGUAAUCUGAUUGGUCCUCAAAGAGGGGGGUACUAAACUAGAAAACCACCUCUUAAAAACUUCUAUUGGUAAUGAGAAUACGCUGAAAUACAAACAUAUCUCGGGGAAAGCAUAGACUAACAUUGGGUCUGCAUUUAUGAAACACAGUGGAAAUUUAACGUUCAGUAUUAAACGGAUCUUUAUGAAAUGGAAAGCAGUCUGCCAAGAUUUCAGCAGCUCAGGAGAACAGAAGCAACUUCAAACAGGACUCUUAUUUGUACCGUCGUUUUCAUGGGAUUUCUUCAAGUGGUAUCAAGUGUUGCUGUUGUACUUCACUUGACAGGUCAUCUUCAACAGGUCACCCAGACCGGACCAGCCCUAGUUGAGACUUCGGACGACCUCCAGAGAGGGGAGUCACAGAGGUGCCCAAAAAAACCCAGGGAGGUCAUACCAUCAGCCCACCUGCCCAUUCAGCCUCCAAGUGGGCACAUCCAGAGAGAUAUCCAGAACACCAUGAUCCACUGGGACCACGCCCAUGGACACCUGUCCAAGAUCGGGUACCAUGACGGCAGGAUCCUAGUAGAUCCCCGCGAGGGAGGCCUGUACUACAUCUAUGCCAAAACCUGCUUCAGGUACUACGACCAGGUAGAGGAGUCACUGUUGGAGUCUGGGUCUCAUGCUCCAGGGAGAAAAGGGGCUUCAGCAGAGCCUAGCAUUCACAGAGAAGAUGGGGGCGGGGCUGGUGCCCUUCUUAUACAAUACGUGUUCCACGAGCGUCACAGUCACAGUGCCCCCCUCAGGUCAGCUGUGCUGAUGAAAAGCGGCAGCACCAAGCACUGGCAGAGGGGCCACUACCACAUGUGUUGUCAGCAGCAGGGAGGGGCUUUCCCCCUGGGGCCCGGGGACAGUAUCUACGUCAGCGUGUCCAACUCCUGGCUGCUGGACCCGGAAGCUGAGGGAAGCUACUUCGGGGCCUUCAGAAUCAGCAGAUGAAGAAUGAGGAAGCAGACCCAGGGCAAUUAAUUGAUGAAUUAGUAACUGAUAUCUCUUUAAUCCCAUUCUCAGCUCAGGGCUGUAGAUGAGGUGGAAUUCAUAUCUGUUAGGUAGCUGGACUGUCUGCAUAUGGAAUAGAUUUUUGUAUUUUUAUACUGCGAAAACAAACUGAAUUUGGCUCACUUUGAACUUGGUUUUAUGAAGUUUUCAAUAUUUAUGUAUUUUCUGAUGUCUCGUAUUCAAUUCUGUGUUCAGUUUUUUGUGUGUUUAUAGAACAUUCCAAUAAAGCCAUAUACAAUUGUA